AUGGAGUCGGCAGUGGUUUGUCUUAUUUGUGGAAUCCUUCCCCCUGAUGUUCCAAGCAGCCUUUGUUUUUCGUUUUCUAAAGGCGCAUUUGAAAUGCAAAGGAUCCCAGCCAGGAGAGGCUUUUGGGGUUUGUUUUUUUUUGCCCCCUCCAGCUUUUCUCCUCCCCAUCAGUUGCGUCUGGGCAGUUGCUGUAGUGGAAUUAACUGGGGAGAGCUCUCUUUAUGCAAACUCUUUUCUGUCGAAAGGCGGCAGCCUCUCCUCCAGCCCUCAUCUCCCCAUCCUCAUGACGCACAGUUCAUUUCCUUCCUUAGUCACGAAGGCACUGGCGAGCAAAUAAUAAUAAAAAACAGAUGUAAAUUUAUUCAAGGCAAAUCUGAUCCUUCUCCCACCACUAUUGUAAUUCAGGUUAUUUCCUCCCUCCCCCCCCUUUUUUUGGCAAGUCUGCUUUUAAUUGCCCCUCUAGAUACCAUCGUUUGA